CAAAUAUUUCAAUACACACGAGAGCAAUAAGAAGAUGGUUAAUCUUGUGUUAAGUGAAGCAAACAACGUUCCUCUAACGCCCAUAACAUUCUUGAAGAGAGCUUCCGAGUGUUAUCCUAACCGAACUUCGAUAAUCAACGGACAAACUCGUUUCACUUGGCCUCAGACAUAUGACCGUUGUUGUCGUCUUGCUGCUGCUCUCAUAUCUCUUAACAUUGCUAAGAAUGAUGUGGUAUCAGUUGUGGCACCAAACAUACCGGCCAUGUAUGAGAUGCACUUUGCCGUUCCCAUGGCCGGAGCUGUCCUUAACCCUAUCAACACUCGUCUGGACGCAACAUCCAUUGCCGCUAUCCUUCUCCACGCCAUGACUAAGAUCUUGUUCAUUGACCGCACUUAUGAGCCGUUGGCUCGAGAGAUCCUUCAUCUAUUACCAUGUGACAACUCAAAACAGAACCUGCGGGUCAUCUUUAUUGACGAGUUUAAUUCCCCUAGAAGGCUCUCAGUCGAGGAGUUAGACUAUGAGGGUCUCAUCCAGAGAGGAGAGCCUACGCCCUCGAUGGUCACACGUAUGUUCCGUAUUCAAGACGAAAAUGAUCCGAUCUCCUUGAACUACACGUCAGGUACCACGGCCGACCCAAAAGGUGUGGUGAUUACCCACCGAGGAGCAUAUUUGAGCACAUUAAGCGUGAUUAUUGGUUGGGAAAUGGGAACAUGUCCCGUUUACCUUUGGACUCUCCCUAUGUUUCAUUGCAAUGGAUGGACGUUUACAUGGGCAACGGCCUCGCGCGGGGGCACCAAUGUGUGUAUGAGGAAUGUGACUGCCCCGGAGAUCUAUAAGAACAUAGAAAUGCAUAAUGUGACACAUAUGUGUUGUGCUCCUACGGUUUUCAACAUUCUCCUGCGAGGAAAGAGGCUUGACCUGUCACAUAGGUCCCGGCCGGUCCAUGUGUUGACCGGAGGUUCACCACCCCCCGCUGCUCUUCUUAAGAGAGUUCAGGAGUUGGGUUUUCAAGUGAUGCAUGCCUAUGGACUUACGGAGGCCACUGGCCCAGUUCUCUUUUGUGAGUGGCCAGAUGAGUGGAACAGAUUACCAGAAAAUCAACAAAUGGAGUUAAAAGCAAGGCAAGGGCUAGGCGUCUUAGGCAUAGCUGAAGUUGACGUGAAGAACAAUGAAACUCAAGAGAGUGUUCCACGCGAUGGGAAGACGUUAGGAGAAAUAGUUAUUAGAGGAAGCGUCUUAAUGAAAGGAUAUUUAAAGAAUCCUAAAGCUACAUUUGAAGCGUUUAAACAUGGAUGUUUCAGCACUGGGGACGUAGGAGUGAUUCAUCCGGAGGGAUACAUCGAGAUCAAAGACCGGUCCAAAGACAUAAUCAUCUCGGGUGGCGAAAACAUUAGUAGUGUUGAACUCGAGAAUGUUCUUUAUAAGCACCCAAAAGUGCUUGAGGCUGCCGUCGUUGCCAUGCCUCACCCAGCAUGGGGUGAAACCCCUUGUGCAUUCGUUGUUUUAGAAAAAGGUGAGAAUGAUAAAAAAGGCCAUGAAUAUAAAUUUGUGACCAGAGAGAGAGAUUUGAUAGAGUAUUGUCGUGAGAAUCUGCCACAUUUUAUGUGUCCGAGAAAAGUGGUGUUCUUGGAAGAACUGCCUAAAAACGGGAAUGGCAAGAUUCUUAAGCCUAAACUACGAGACAUCGCUAAAAGUUUGGUAGAUGAGAAGGAUGACGUCACUGCUAGAUCUAAAAUAGUUCAAUCGCGUGAUGACAAACCUUGGAUCGCUCACUUUACGUCUCGACUUUGAGUUCGUGAAUCUACUAAGUAAUGAUAAAAUUAUAUGUAUACAUGGAUGGACGACUAAA